AUGGCUGGUCAGGAGAGAGGUAGUGCAGCAAUGGCCACCAAAGGGAUUGUGAUGUUGUUUCUUCUUUGCUUCAUCAUCCAGUGUGAGAUUGCUCAAGCAAAAUCCUACAUUGUUGGGGGUGUGACCGGUUGGACCUUUGAGGUUGAAUCCUGGCCUAAGGGAAAGAAGUUCAUGGCUGGAGAUGUACUUGUGUUCAAGUUCCUUCCAACGGCUCACAAUGUUGUGAAGGUGAACCACUGGGGCUACCGGAAUUGCACUGUUCCUAAGGGAUCCUUCAUUACGAGUACCGGAAAUGAUCAUAUCAAAUUGAGGAAGGGAAAUAAUUUCUUCAUCUGCAACUUGCCGGGGCAUUGUUUGAAUGGAAUGAGGAUGGCAGUUUAUGCAAGUUAA